CUUAGAGGCGGUGCAGAAAAUCCCGGACAUUAGACCGCAGGAGCCAUCAUCCUGUGAAUCUCUGCUGUAAAUCUCUUCUGCUCAGGUUCCCAAUCUCCUGCUCGAUCACCCUCGUAUCCUCAAGUCCAAAAUGCGCGAAAUUGUGCAUUUGCAAGCCGGUCAGUGCGGAAACCAAAUCGGAGCAAAGUUCUGGGAGGUGAUCAGUGAUGAGCAUGGCAUUGAUCCCACUGGUACCUACCAUGGAGACAGCGAUUUGCAGCUAGACCGGAUCAGCGUCUAUUACAAUGAGGCCACAGGUGGAAAGUAUGUGCCCCGAGCCAUCCUGGUGGACCUGGAGCCUGGUACGAUGGAUUCAGUUAGGUCUGGUCCCUUCGGGCAGAUUUUCAGACCUGACAACUUUGUCUUUGGUCAGAGUGGAGCUGGAAACAACUGGGCCAAGGGCCACUACACUGAGGGAGCCGAGCUGGUGGACUCUGUCCUUGAUGUGGUGAGGAAAGAGGCUGAGAGCUGUGACUGCCUCCAGGGCUUCCAGCUCACCCACUCCCUGGGUGGCGGCACUGGCUCCGGCAUGGGCACCUUGCUCAUCAGCAAGAUCCGCGAGGAGUACCCUGACCGCAUUAUGAACACCUUCAGCGUGGUGCCUUCUCCCAAGGUGUCCGACACUGUGGUGGAACCCUACAACGCCACUCUUUCUGUCCACCAGCUUGUAGAGAACACAGAUGAGACUUACUGCAUUGACAAUGAAGCCCUCUAUGAUAUCUGCUUCCGCACACUUAAACUAACAACCCCCACAUAUGGAGAUCUCAACCAUUUGGUGUCCGCCACAAUGAGCGGGGUGACCACCUGUCUGCGUUUCCCCGGCCAACUCAACGCUGACCUCCGUAAACUAGCUGUCAACAUGGUGCCCUUCCCCCGACUGCAUUUCUUCAUGCCAGGCUUUGCCCCCCUCACCAGCAGAGGCAGCCAGCAGUAUCGCUCCCUGUCUGUGCCCGAGCUCACCCAGCAGAUGUUCGAUGCCAAGAACAUGAUGGCUGCCUGUGACCCACGUCACGGCCGCUACCUCACCGUGGCUGCUGUGUUCAGGGGCCGCAUGUCCAUGAAGGAGGUAGAUGAGCAGAUGUUGAAUGUGCAGAACAAGAACAGCAGCUACUUUGUUGAAUGGAUCCCGAACAAUGUGAAGACCGCCGUCUGUGAUAUCCCACCCCGUGGCCUCAAAAUGGCUGCCACUUUUAUCGGCAACAGCACAGCCAUCCAGGAGCUGUUCAAGCGCAUCUCCGAGCAGUUCACUGCCAUGUUCCGCCGUAAGGCCUUCCUCCACUGGUACACUGGUGAGGGCAUGGAUGAGAUGGAGUUCACCGAGGCCGAAAGCAACAUGAAUGACUUGGUGUCUGAGUACCAGCAAUACCAGGAUGCCACCGCUGAGGAGGGCGAGUUUGAGGAAGAGGGAGAGGAGGAGGUCGCCUAAAACCUCAGCCUACCCAUCUGCCAAACCUCAUUUCAUGUCACCCAUCCCCAAGCUCCAUCCCUUUCGUCCCUUUCCAUCAUGAAUUGAAUGGUCUGCCAAAAACUGUCAAUAUAUAAAUCUUUGUUGUCAUACUGUUAGACAUUGAAGUUACGUGAUGUUAGUGAAUUUUUUGGUUGAAAUGUUUUUGUGUUGUGAGUGCUCUGAAUUAUUGGCAUCCAUACAUCUGUUCUGUGGAUUUUAACAGUAAAGCCUUGAAAUUGGAGUAUGAUUAAAAUUUGAUUAAAAGGCCACUUGAACUG